AUGGCACCCCUCACCCCAAAUGCCUCUGACGAUUCGCCCAUCGAAUCUCCACCUCCGUCCUCAGAUCACCAUAGAACCAAGUCUGCAAGCGAGAAACAACGCGACGAGGCUCGACUUACAUUCAAUAAGACCAUUGAGGGGCACUAUCGUCAUGGGAAGACGGGGUACAGACAGGUCGGAGCUCUGUUCUUGACAUGGAAGGACGACGACAUGCAGUGCAGAGAGACAGAAGUGGAUAAAUUAAGGCAGCUGUUCGCCAAGGAAUUCAAUUUCAAGACGGUGUACUUCGAGGUCCCCUCGCAACGCUGGGAGACCGCCCUGCAUAAGGCAGUGGCCGAUUUUUGCUACGAGUACGAUAGUCCUGAAGACCUUGCAAUAGUAUACUAUGGUGGACACGCGUAUGAAGGCAGGGAAACGAAGCAUUUCAAAUUGGCAGCGAAAUGGGAUAAUAAGGAUGGAAACGGCGAUCCCACUGCGUUCUUCCCGGACGUUCUUACUUGCUUGCGACUACCUGCGUGCGACCAGCUUCUGAUCCUCGACUGUUGUUUCGCUGCCAAAGCCUUCGCUCGGGAGCAUAUUGGGAAGCGCAAGUUCGAGCUCUUGACCUCAGCCGCUCACGACGCGAGGAGUCCAGCACCCCAGUCGGAACACUCAUUCACAAGGACGUUGACUAUUGCCUUAAGGUCUCUACUCAAAGAAAAUCCGAAGGGCUUUUGCACAUCACACUUGUACCGCGAGGUGUAUCAUACUGUCUCACCACACCCGGCAACUACCAAGCCGCUUCUCUUUGAUCAAUCGCGCCACAACUUCGGCAAGAUCUGGCUAAUGCCGCAGGUGCUCAGCGAGCGACCACCAAAGACUGAAGAAGAGGGGAGGUUUCUAAAGCUGACGUUCCGUCUGAACGAAAACCCAGACCUCGCUGUUAUGAAUGAACUUGCCUUGAACCUACAAUUCCUACCUUACGUCGAUCAAAUCAAAUUUGACGACCUCUAUGCUCCUAGGGAACAGAUCACCAACUUCAUGAAAGCGGUCGUCCAGGCUCAAAAAAUCAAGCCCCUAAUCAAAAAGAUGCAAGCGAGACGCAAGCUCCAGAAGGUUGCAGAAUUGAAGACCGGAGACAACAGGGUCGGGGCAUCUAAAAGUCUUCUAAAGCUGCAUCUCGAGCAGAACAAUCACCCGGUCUAUGACUGGAGUCGUGCGGAACGUGUGCCUGGCCACAAUCCAAAAGACUCCGAAGAGUCUCGAGACAAAAGGAAAAAGACAAGGACGUGGCCGCCAGCUCACGGGAAGUCCUCUAUGAGUGGUUCUUCAUCUGGUGAUACACUCUCGGCCGAGUACAAAGUCGAGGUUCCUGGGACCUUAAUCGCCACAUUUGUCCCUCAACGUGCGAACACAAUGGAUGCUCUAGCGCAUGAGAAGCCGAAUGCGACCGCCGCCUCUACGGACACAGAUCAAGCUCAGGAGAGAGAUGGCCGCAAACGCCAACGAAGCACGUCGCUCGAUCGAGACAUUCCACCAGCGAAGAGAGCUCACAAGGUCGACUGA